AUGAUUGAUGUUCGACCAUUGAGUACAACUCAAACAAUUCGUUGGCAUCAUUUAUUACAAACGAAAUAUCCGAAAUUAAAACCUGAAUUCAGUAUAUGUGCUUAUAUUGAAGAUGAUCAAGCAACAAAGAGUACAAUAACAACAGCAACAACAACAGCAUCGAAAAUUAGUAAAACAUCAACAAAUACAACAUCAGCGCGUUCAAAACAUCUUCAACCAGUACUUCUUGAAGAUAAAGGAUAUUAUCAAUUAGGUGCUGAUAUAUCAUCAGCAGAAAUAUUUUCUUUAUCAAUAACAACUUGUUCUGCAAAAAAUCUUAUUCAUCUUAUGCCAUCGAAUACAAAUAUAACUAAUCAAGAUGGUUAUUUUUUUUAUUAUACACUUUUUGGUAAUAAGAUAAUAACAGAAAAAUUUCAUGAUUUAAUACAACCUGAAUUUAAUCCUGAACGUGCUAGUGUUCGUAUACGUACAUCAAUACAAUUACUUCGAUCUUAUUUUGAAACAUUUCAUCCAAUUGAAUUUUGUUUAUUAUCAGGAAAUGAUAUUAUAGGUCAAACACAAGUUCCAUUACAUAAAAUUGUUAAACCAUUACAGCAAAAAUCUGGAAUGGAUAAAAUAUUUGAUGUAUUAACAGAAGAAUUUAAUCUUCGUCUUAGUCCAUCGAAAGACAAUGAAAAAAUAAAAAUGACUGAAGAUGAAAAUUCACAACCAUUCGUUAAAAUUAUUGUUAAAUUAACACGAGAAACAUCAGCUAAUGAACAAAAACCAAAUAAUGAAAAACAAAAUCGAACAAGAUCAAAUAGUGUUAAUAAUCAUAAUUCAAAUACUACACUUAUCGAUCAUGAUAAUAGUAUUCGACAACGAGUUCAACAAAUAUCUAUUAAUAAUCAUGCUACUACAGAUGAUCGUCUUCCUACACCCAUAUUUGACAAUUCCAACGAUCAUCAUCUUACUCAUCAUUAUUGUUUAUCAAUUGAUUUAAAAUCAUUGCGUAAUUUACGUUUAUCAAAUUCAACAUAUUUAUAUUGUCGUUAUGUCUAUCCAUUUCUUGGUACAUCAACACCAAUUUUAACUCAUCCACCAUUACAUAUUCCAUAUACAUCAUCAGCACCACCAAAUGAACAUCAAUUACCACAUGGUUUAUGUAUAUUUAAUUUUGCUGUUAAUGCCGAACAAUUAACAACUCAUUUUCAUCGUGAACCAUUAACAAUUGAAGUUUAUUGUCGUGAUCAAGAACGUAGCGAACGUAAAGAUCAAUUAUUUGGUAUUGUUCGUUUACAAUUAGAGAAAGUAUUACAAGUUGAAAAACAACGUUGUUCAUCCAAUGUUAAUGGAAUACUUGGAUGGAGACAAACAUGGACUCAAGCAUUACCUGUCAUUGGAACAAAUACGGAAAAAUGUGCAGAAUUAUUAGUGACAGUUGUCAUUGAAGAUCUUGGUACACUUCAAUUAAAUUCAACUGCAACACCUAGACCUCAAUCAGUACCACCACAACAUCUGGAUUUGAAUAAUGUAUUUCAACGUCCAAAUGAGGAUGCACAAUUACAAGCAGCUUAUGAAUUACAAUUAUGGAAAGAAAGCAAAGAACUUGAAUUUGAAAAACAUUUACGUGAAAUUGAAGCAAAAAAAUUGUAUGAACUAAUGGAAGCUUUCAAAGAAAAAGAUCGUGAACGUGAAUCUUUACUUCAAAAAAAAGAAUAUGGCGAAUUAGAAAAACAAAUGAAAAGAGCGCUAGCAGAUAUUGAAAAACGUGAAAAACAAUUGAAUACUAAUGAACAAGAAAUUCAACGUAUGCAAAUUGAUUUAAAACGUGAUUAUGAUAAUAAGCAUAUUGAAAUACGUGAAGCAUCGAAACGUUUACAAGAACAAUCUGAACAUACGAUAACACUUGAAAAAAGUAAAAAUCAAGCAUUAGAUGAUGAAAUCAUUCGAUUAAAACGUUCAUUAGCUGAAUGGGAAAAACGUUAUCGUGAUAAAGAACAAGAAUAUUUUUCUUAUAAAGAAAAACAACGUAGUGCACCGGAAGUUAAACUUCAAGCUGAAAUAAAUAUGCUUACACUUGAAAAAAAUGAGCUUCAACGAAAAUUAGAUGCAUCAUUAACAUCAGCUGAUCGUUAUAAACAACAAUGGCUUAAAGCUUUAAAAGAAUAUCAACGUCUUAAACAACGUGAACAAGAUCAAUCAAAAGUUUUACUACAAAAACAACAACAAGAACUUGAACAUAUGCGAUUACGAUAUUUAGCAGCUGAAGAAAAUGACAUUAUGAAAAAUGAUCAUAAACAAUUAGAAAGUAUUAAAAAUGAAUUAAAUAAAUUAAGAGAUGUUUCAUCAACACCAACUAUUAGUGGUGGUCUACAAACAAAUUCAACUUUAUCAGAUGAUAAUGAUCAUUUAGAACAAGUUGAUCAACAAUUAGGUGUUCUAAUUGAACAUCGAGAUACAUUAUUACAAACAGGAACUUAUACACAUAGUGAUGCUUUAAUACAAGAACUCGAAAGACGAAUACAAGAAGCAAUGAAACGCAAGAAUGCUUUAACAGCUGUAUAUUGUCAUACAUCGGAUGAACCUGGCAUAAUGACAAUACGUUGUGGAUCAAAUGAAAAAAUUCGAAUGUUAGAUGCAUUUGAUGCUGCUGUAAAUAAUAAAUCACGUUUACCGAUUCAAUGUUUAAAACAAAAACAAAUUUCAAAAGAAUCAUCAAAUAGUGUCGAUUGUAAAGUUCAUACAAGUUUUACAUCAGCUUGUUCAGGACGUGAAAAUUGUACAUUACAUAUGCAACGUAUACGUUUAAAUAGUCCAAAUGAUAAUUGUCAUAAUGAACUAAUUGAUUAUACAAUGGCAUUUUUUGAAUGUAUAUCAGAUGUCUUUAUACAUGAUGUAUGUUCAUCACAAGCAAUUACAUCUGCAUGGGGUACUUUACAAACCCCAAAUUUUCCAAAUCCAUACACAUCAAGUAAUGAUUGUUGGUGUAAAUUAUCAACACAAUUACAACAUCGUCUUUUACUAUCAAUUAUUGUCUUUCAGUUAAUUCCUUAUGAUCAACAUUGUGCUGGUGCUGGACUUUAUUUACAAAGUAGUAAUGAACAACGAAGUACACAAUGUACUUAUCUACAACAAGGACAUAAUUAUUUAAGUGAUUCAAAUUCAUUAUAUUUCAAUUUCUAUAGUCAAACACCGACUGUACGUGGAGGAUUUUGGAUUAUUUAUGAAGCAAGUCAUCCAAAUGCAGAAGUUCAUCUACAUUGUGGAGCACGUGAUAAGAUUGGUAUACCAUUAUCAUCAAAUUCAGUUUCACCACCAUCCGUAUCAACAUCAUUUGACCAUGGUUGGAGUCGUUUAGCAUUUAAUAAUCCACCAAAUCCACCAACAACAACAAUCAAUGAUCAUAUGAUGCGUAUACAUUUGACUGCAACUACGCCUCGUUCAUCGUCUAUCAAUAUAAACGAUAAAUCAAAUGUUUCAGCACCAGUUGGAGCUUUUAUAUAUCCACAUGGAACAUUAACAACAUUCGAAGUAGCCUAUGGACCAAGUGGAUGGUAUUUAAAACAACCAUUUGAAACAUCAAAUAAAACAGUAACUAAAUUAUUAAGAACAACAACACAUCAAUUACCAAUUACGAAAUGGAAUUUUACCUGGUAUUAUACGGAAUCGACAAAGACAAAACUAUCUACUACAACAAGUACUAUAACAACAACCACAACAACAACUACAACAACAAAAAAACCAAUCACUAUCUCUAUGACCACUACACAAUCAACGAUUAUUGUUGUUACAUCAAAACCAAGGUUUAUGACAAAAACUCCAACCGUUACAGCUAAUCGACGCUUAUUAUUUACUUAUACACCAUGGAUAUACUAUAGUUUUCGUCGUUCUCAAUUAUCUUCAACAACAAGAGCACCAACGGUCACGACAACUGUAACAAAAUUAACGUCUAUUGUAACAACUACAAUGCCAUAUCCAACUCCUUUGUAUCCACGAGAUGGUUCUUUUGACUUGUUCGAUCGACAAUGGCUUACAACAAAAUCCAGAUCAUCAUUCAUAAAUAUGUAUUCUACUACACACCCAACUAGUACAACGCGGCAAAUACCUACUACGAGUACAACUGUUACUACGAUCACUACUACAAAAACAACUUCUAGAACUACUACCAAAGAAAGCACUACUCGUUCAACUGAAACAAUAAUUAGUAGUACUAAAUAUAAAAAUACUAAUGUCUGGCCACCCGAGUCAACUAGAAAAACAUAUUCAAUGGAAAACUAUCCAUUUAUCGACAUAAUUGGAGGAUACAAUCCGUUCCGCGACUCUCAUUCAACUAAUAAAAUUCAAACAAAGAUUACAUCAACUAUUAAAACAAGUACAUUAGUACCUAUUCUAGUACAACAUCCAAUAGAUUUUCUUCCAACAAAAUCUCGUUGGCAAGUUAUAACAAUUAAUACUCCACCGGGAAAGCGUGGUUAUACACCACAAAAUGCUGCAGGAAUUCGAAUUAAUGGACAAAUACCAGAUUCUAAUAUUAAUGUUGGACCUCGAAGUAUUUUCGAUACACGAACUAAAAAAAAUUCUACGGAAUAUGGAUGGUUAAGUAAAACUGAUAUGACAAUUGUUGCUGUAUCAGUUUUAUUUGUUAUACUAUUAGCAAUUAUUAAUUUAAUACUUUUUGCUGUUCGAAGACAUCGUCAUCGAGCACAAGGUCGACAUUUACUUAGUACUUCAUUUCCAUCUUUAUUAGACGAUAGAAGAUUAGGAAGCAAUGGUCAUUUACAUGGUCCGAUGUUUGGUGAUACAAAAAAUAAUUUAAUUAAUACUACAAAUAAUAAUAAUAACAAUGAUAUCUUACCCGCUGUUGGUGAAAUUGUUAUAUGGGAUGAAAAAGAUCAAGGUGGUUAUAUGAUUGAUAAUAAUGGUACAUGGGCGAAAAUUGAAGGACGUCAAUGGUUUGGUACGGCUACACUUUCUCCAGUACCAGAAGCAGAUGAUUAUGAUUCAUCAGAAUUAAGUUUAUCUGAUGUUGUCAUACGAAGUUCAGGAACAACACUUAAUCAUUCAAAUAGACGACAUCAACAACAACCAUUAAUGAAAUCUGAACGUAAACAUGAUUUAUUAUUACAUAAUCAACAACAAACAACAAAAACUAUUCAAGCAUUAAUUCAUACUGAACAACAACAACAACAACAGAACAAUGACUAUUAUAAACGAACUCGAAAUAGUCUUGAUGAUUCAAAUUAUAUUACAAUGCCAGAAAAUAUUGCUCGACAAUCUUCAAUAAUCGAUCAAGAAACUGAUAGAAGUUUAGGAAAUGAAAUUGAUGCUGGAGGACCAGUUCUUGUUAGUGUACCAACAAUGAUAAGACGAGAUGAUAAUGCUGCUGCUGCUGGUAUACAUACAGAUGAAAUUGAUUCCAUAUAUAAUCAACAUUAUUCAAUUCAAUCUCUUAAUGAAUAUUCACAUCCAAAUUAUCUUCAACCAAAUAAUACAGGUCCAUUUUUUACAAAACCAUCAAUUAGUACAUUUAAACCAAGUACAAAUCAUCCUGUUAUAGUUGGUUUUUGUCAAGCAGAUUUUCAAUCACUUGAUCCAAAAUUAUUAUUUAAAACAAAUCCUGAACAUACACCAUUUUAUCGUAAUUCACAAUCAGUACUAUUAUCAACAUAUGAUUCAGGUUUUGUUGAUGAUCAAACUGUUGGAAGUUCAUUAACAACAAAUGGUAUAAGUGGUUCAGAAAAUAAUCUAAUAUGUGAACAACAAACAGGUGAACAUAUGAAUAUCGAUGAUAUUUUAUUAACAAAAAGUGAAGAUGAUGAUGAUGAUGAUUUACCAUUAAAUAAUUUAAUGACAAAUGAUAGAAGAAAUUCCAAUAGACAAAAAUGGAAACAUGUUUCUAAACGUGUUUCAUUUCAAGAAGAACAUGUCACUCAACGUUUUUCUCCACCACCAUCUUCAUUCAAUACUAUAACAAAUCCAGAUACAUCGUCAAGUCCAUUUGAUACUUAUGAUCUUUCAACUGAAAACAUUCCAACAGUACCUAUAGCACCACCAUUAUUAAAAUCAUUCUUAACAACAACUAAUUGUAAUGAUAAUUCUCCUACAACAAGUAGUAUAUUUACUGUUCAAAAACAAAUAACAUCAAUUGAUAAUGAAGAUAAUACAAAAAAUGUUAUUAUGAAUCAUUUACAUUCAGUAAAAUCAUUAAAAAAAUUUUUUGAAACUAAAAUGGUUGUAGAACGAUCAGUGCCAUCAAUACAAACAACUUGUUUUCAACCGAAUACAAUAAUAGAAGAUCGAUCAUCAUUAAUGAAAGAAUCAAAUACAACGAAUGAAUUCGAACAACGACAAGAAAUAAUGGAUAAAGUAUUGGAAAGUUUAAAAAAGAAAAAAGCUUAUUCAAGAACGACUAAUGAUACACCUGAACCAAAUGGACGAUAUUCCGCAAUGACUACAUCAUCUUAUGAUUCGAAUCUCACUCAAAAUCUACCUGUACAACGUCAUUAUUCUCGUCGUUUUCGUUCUUCAUCAACAAGUAAUAAUUCACUUUAUCCUGGUGGUAAUAUUAUAACUCACAUAAAUCCUUGUAAUCCUCAUCAUUAUAAUAAACGUGCUUAUUCACAAGAUCGUCAACAUUAUCAAACAACAGAUCAUCAUCUUGGUAAUAUUGAAAAAUGGAAACACGAACAACAACAACGACAAAUUGAAUCCGAUGAGGAUGAUAAUAUGUCAGAGAAUUCUAUGUUAUGGCAAGCACGUACAAAAUUAAAUGAAUUUGUAACACGUAAUAGAAAAAAUCAACAACAAUCACCAUAUUAUACAACAUGUACAAAUGGUGGUACGCCAUCCGAAGAUUUAUAUACUUAUGAUGAUAAUGAAAGUGUUACAGCAGAAACACGUUUUUAA